UUAACUUCCCUUAGUUCAGCUGUUGGAAAAAUGCUUUAGAUGUCUGAGUGCUGUAUGAAAUGAGCUGGACUGAGCUGCUUAGGUCCAUUUCGUUUUGAGAUUCAUCUGUGGAGGAUUCUUAAGUUGCUUAUAUUCUCUGAAACUGCUGGCUGAAACUUGUUUUAAUUAACCUCCACUUUGCUGGUGACUUGUCAAGUACAAAAUGCAUUACUAAAUGUACUCCAAGGUGCUGACUGACUGAAGACAGACAAGUCUCCACUUUACAAGUAUGUGUUCACAUUCUGUGCAUCAUGGAAGCCAAAGUCAACCAUUUACAAAGAUGUCUCGAUGGUAUUUAUAAGGUCAUUAGAAAUGCGAAUGAUAUUUUGUGUGGAAUCAGCCAGCCAUCUGUGUGCAGUGAGGUGCUUCAGUCUCCACAGGGAGUUGCUUACAUCUCAGGUGUCAAUGAGGUAUAUAAAGUGGCAAAGCGAGUGGAAGGAGGGAUGAAGGAACUGAGUAUUGAUAAUGAAAAACUCCAUAAUUGUUUGAGGGACAUUGAACUAAUCUGGAACAACCUACAAGCUUUCCUCUCACUUAGCCCUUCUGUCUUACAAAUGUUGUCUUCAGAACUGACCCCUGACUGUUCAGCGGUAACCGAUUCAGCAAAUGGUCAGAAUGAAACCUGUGGAGUGUGCCUGCUCAGAACAGCGAAUGAACUUAAUGGCAAGGUAAAUUCAGUGCUUUACAAUAGUUGUCACUAUCAUGCAAGUUGUGCAAACUUUUGGUUAAACUGCGUGGAUUCAAAUUUACCAGGUCUUAUUGCAGCUGAGGGAAGAUCUCAGGCUUUGGACCAAGCAAGUCUUGCUGUUCCUGCAAAUGAACUGCAUGGACACCAGUUGUGAAGAUUUUACUCUUCCUAUAGCUCAAUGACUGUAAACAAUAUUUAUUCUUGGAACUGAAGAAUUCUUUACAAAAUAAACCAUUUUGUUAAAGACACCUUGUAUUAUAUAUGAAGAAAAAUACUUUCAGGUGGUUUGAAGGAACUAAUUAGUUGCAAGUUCGAUUUUGGAGACUUUUUAUCUCAAAAAAGGUAACAGUUUGGCAAAACAUGCAGUCAAUGGACAGUGCAGAAGUAAAUUGAAUAAUCAUGCAAACGAGAUUGGGGGUCAGCAGAAGCUGUGUUUUUAAAACAAAUUGUGGUUAUAUUUAAACUGGAUCUAGGUCAGGAUUUGAAUGUAUCCAUUAAUUUAGUCCAACACCAUAUAGCCAAGCUUUCCCCACCUGUAUGGGAUUUCUUUGCCCUGGUACUCCUGUUUUUGCCUGGUGUACAUAACUUGGUUGACAACUAGUUGCAUGCUCUCUGAUGUGGUAGAGCACCUCGUGCACUUCUCCAUUUUUCAGUCACUGGGCCUGAGUAUAUUAUCAGCUAUAGAAAGGAAGGUAGAGAUAGAUGGGUAGAAGGUAACAAGAAUUGUAUAUUGUAAGCAUUUAUCAAGAUUCAAGUGGAAAGCAUAGUAUUACUGAAUAACACUAAAAACCUACGCUUCAGGUUAUUUGACAUGCAUUUCAGAUUAAGUCAUUCAGUUGCUCAAAUCUUAUUAUUCAAUAAACCUUUAACUGUAAUAUACACUCACCUUUUUCUCCAUAUGCCCUGAUACACUUACCAUUAAGUGAUUUUGCCUUUGGACAGAUUUAUUUGAUGUAGGUGCAGCCUUCUGGCAAAGAGAGAUGUUUGACAUGUGUUGUGGUCCAUGAGUAAUCCAAUAAAUAGCAUCUAUUUUGUUUAAAGACUACAA